AUGAUUCUUCUUCUGAUUCUUGCCGCGUUCAUUGGGCUCGUUUCCGCAGAUCCAGCAGCAAGUUUCUGCUUCACAAACGGCGAUCGUAUCGCCGACACGCAGAAUUCGCACUCGUUCUUCGAGUGCAGGGAUAACAGAUGGAUCCGUCAGUUCUGUAUGACCAACUAUCAGUUCAACCCGGAGGUAAAAGGACUUUCCCCAUCGUUCCGGUUGGACAUUCCCGUUUCAGACCGGCUUUUGCUUCUUCGCUCCGACGCCUCGCCCGACCACUACUCCUCCUCGCACUCCUCACCCAAGAGUGUGCUUCCCGGGCUCUCGCACCGUUUACCUGUUCGAUAAUACCAAGUACAAGGAGUGCACGUGGGAUGGCCGUGGCUACGUCACCAGAUAUUGUCAGCCUGGCGCCAUCUACAACGAUCAUCUCCAAAUGUGUGUGGAUGUUGAGCCGACUACCCGAUGGCCGAGCACCACCACCCAAAGACCCACUCCGCCGAGCACAACUCCAUUCUACGGAGCGUGUACCGAGUCCACUGGACAGGCCCAGUACAAGCCGGAUUUGUACAACUGCAAGAACUUCUAUCAGUGCGCUUCCGGUGAGAAUUAGAAUUACAAUAACUAUCCGUGCAACGAUCUUUCAGGUUUGUGGACGCAACGCAGUUGUGGCGAGGGAACCAUCUGGAAUCAGGCGAUCCUGACUUGCGACCACAACCGCGGCCAGUGCCGUCCGCUCGAACAUCCAACUGCGUACCCGCCAACCGUCCCUCCUCCGGUGCCCACCUACUAUCCGGAUGUGAUCGAAGUGAAGAAGAAGAAGCAAGUUUGA